AUGGAGUACAUCCUCUCGCAACGCCUCUCCCUCGACGAAGGCAAACCCUCCCUCUUCGAGCUGCUCUCCGAACAACAACUCAACGCCCUACUCCCCCCAACAGUCCGCUACAUCCUAACCCUCCUAACGCACCGCUACCCCCGUCAUCUCCUGCGCAUCCUGAACCGCUUCGACGAGCUAUACGCCCUUUUUGCUCUCCUCAUCGAGCGGCACUGGCUUCACACGCGCGGCGGGUCGUUUACGGAACACUUUUAUGGACUCAAGAGGGAGAAAGCACUGGCGGAGGAGAUCCCCCGGGCGAGUUCGGCCGCGCCGGGGGCAGUGAGCCAGGCGUUGAAACUUAGCAGCAGGGAUAUCUGGAAGAACCUGGCCGUGAUCGUCGGGCUGCCGUACCUGAAGCGAAAAUUGGACGAGGCGUACGAGGUAGAUGCGCCGCGCGCGAUGUUGGGGGCGGCGUAUAACGCCCCUCCAGCGCCGGGGGCCCCGGCUAAAGAGAAGGCGGCGUAUUGGUGGCGGAUGUUUCUGAGGAGGGUUUACCCGACGCUGAACGCGGCGUAUUACUUGUCGGUGUUGGGGUUCAAUCUGGCGUAUUUGUUUGAUGGGAGCAAGUACCAUCAUCCGUUUUUGUGGAUGAUCGGGACGAGGGUAAGGCGGAUGAAUGCCGCGGAUUACAAGGCAGUCGAGGAGCUGGAGGAGAGGAUGAGGCAAAAGGGGGGGGCUAGGGGGAGCGUGGCUGCCAGGUUGGCGGGUGCUUUGUCACUCGCCCUGCCGGCGAGCAUCUUUGCGCUGAAGUUCUUGGAGUGGUGGCACGCGAGCGAUUUUGCGAAACAGCUUUCUCGCAGGGCAGCUGAGAGUCUGGACCUCCCCCCUCCGGUCGUGUCAGGCCUGUCGGAUAAGAAACCCGUCAAGAAACUCAAGAAGGAAAAGGAGAAGGAAGACCCCCAACAAGGCGAAGGCUCCGAAAAGAAAGACGGCGAGGAGGGAGAAGAAGACCCCGAAGAAAAAGAGCGCCGUCUCCGCGAAAGAGCCCCCGUUUCGGCCUCCUCCUACCUCCCCAUCUUCACGGUGCCGGUUCCCGCCUCGACAGACCUGUGCCCGAUCUGCGAGAACGAGAUCACCACGCCGACGGCCUGUCAGACGGGUAUUGUAUACUGCUAUGCGUGCAUCCACAAGUGGCUGGCGGGCACGCACCCGCGGCAGGAGAAGUUCAUGGUUGGAAGGGAGGGCAAGUGGGAGAGUGGCGAGGGGAGGUGCCCAGUUACGGGGAGAAAGGUACUGGGAGGGGUUGAGGGGUUGAGGAGGAUUAUGGUCUAG